AUGGCAGAUGACGAAAACAACGGCCUCGUGCUCAAGCUGAUCAUCUGCCUCAUCGCGGCCGCGUCUGCUGCGGUCGUCGUCACCGUCUACCACUGUGUCACGGCAAGGUACGCGCGGCCGCAGCCUACCCCGAGCCGGCGGUGGCUGCCGCCGUUGGAGGUGCAGCAGCACGAGAUGAGUGUGAGUCUGGAGCACUCCGUGGCGGAGCUCCUCCCGGCUCAUAAACACAGCAAGGGCGCGGGAUCGGACAGGGUGGAUGACAGUAUGUGUGCAAUUUGCUUGUGUAAGUUUGAAGAGGGCGAGGAGCUCCGGACCCUGCCGGAGUGCUCGCACUCGUUCCACGUGGCGUGCAUCGAUAUGUGGCUUUGUUCGCAUUGGAACUGCCCGAUCUGUCGCUCUGCAGUUGGGGUGUUCGGUUCGGCUGCGCCGAGGCUUAUGCACUUGCUCAAUCCGAGCAGUAUAACGCAAAAUACAAGCCCCAUUGAAACAUUGUGA